AUGUGUGAUCACUGCAAGAUGUUUCGAAUUCGGCUGAUUACAACAACAUCAACAUUGCUUAAACAUUAUUACCAACUCAGUCUCGCCCGACAGGGAUGGCGACCUUGUUUCGGUGAUAUCGACUGCUACCUUCAAUUGGACCCAACAGGAAUGUAUGUAGGUGCGCUGAAUGAUAAACCUAUUGCAACAUACUCAGCCAUAAAAUAUGCAGAUGGAUACCGUCAUCUUGGCUCUUAUAUUGUGAAAGAGGAGUAUCAAAAGCUUGGAUAUGGACUGAAUUUAGAGGAAGCCUGCCUAGCCAACUCUGCUCCUAUUAAAAAUAUGUCGCUAUAUACGACUCCAGAGAUGGUCAGAAAGGCGGAAAAAAGGCAUGCAAUGAUUUCUCGCUGGCCUGUGGGAAUAUACGAUCUUAACAUUUCGAAAGCUCUGGAUAAACUCCGCGAAUAUAAUUCAGAUAGCUGUGAAGUGAAGCAUAUUAACGAAAUCAAUAUGCAAGAUGUUUGCGACUACGAUACAGAUGUGUUUGGAUACAACCGGAUCAAGUUUUUAGAAAAAUGGCUGAAUACACCAGGCGCUCACGUACGCGUCGCAGUUAACAAAGAAGGAUCGAUCGUCGGCUAUGUAGCUGUGAGAUUGGCAUUCUUUCAAGACGAAGGCUAUAAACUUGGUCCCUUAUUCUGUGAAAAUAUCGAAGUUGGAAAAGCGCUUCUUAAAGGAGUGUUCGAAGACGUUCGUGAAUGUGGUUUAUCAACGUCACACUCUGCAAUUCUCGACAGUCCAAUCGGCAAAAAUCUCGAUGCAAAAGAACUCAUGCAACUGGUAGAUGGAAAGUGUCUUGGUCAUAUUGAAUUUAUGACGACUAAUGGUCUUCCUAAAGGACGUUUUAACCAAUGGUUUGCUAUUACUUCGCCUGUCUGUGGUUGA